CCAGUGCUGGAGGCACUGUGUUGCUCUUUAUUGUUCCAGUAGAAAGCUCAAUGCACGGUUUCCAACAUUUGUUUCAAUGGCUACCGCACAGAAACCACGUCCCAGCUGAGAGGGAGAGCUUGAGCCGCGAACAGAGGACUACCGCAUCACAAGUUCCUCAGAAAAGCGCUGCGUGGGGAUUUACACUCUGCGUGGGGAGAUACAAGCUUUUACCAGCGGACAGUGUGUGGAUCUAAAGGAAAGAGGGACGUGAACAGAGGUCCCUGAAGCUCAAGAUCCCCUUACUGUAGCUCCUGCCACCAUGGUUGAACCAGCCGACAGGCCGUCUGCAGCUGGACAGAGGCUUGGGGCCCCUGAAAGCUUUGGGGUGUCCACCCUGGAGCCAGGCCUGCGUCCUCCUGUCCAGCCUCCAGGGCGACAGGUCUCCAUCAGAGUGCAGAUGCUUGAUGACACACAGGAGGUCUUCCAGAUAUCGCAACGUUCCCCUGGUAAAGUGCUGUUUGACCUGGUUUGUGCGCAUCUCAACCUGACAGAGGGAGACUAUUUCGGGCUGGAAUACCAGGACCAACGCAAGAUGACGCUGUGGCUGGAUCUCCUCAAGCCGACGCUGAAACAGAUCAGACGACCUAAAAACACCAUCCUUCGCUUUGUGGUGAAGUUCUUCCCGCCCGACCACACGCAGCUCAUGGAGGAGCUGACUCGGUAUCUGUUCGCCCUUCAGAUUAAACGUGACCUGGCCUGUGGUCACCUCAUCUGUAACGACACCAGCGCGGCCCUCAUGGUCUCCCACAUCAUUCAGUCUGAGAUUGGAGACUUCGAUGAGACCCAGAGCUGGCAGCACCUUCUCCACAAUAAGUACCUGCCGGAUCAGGACGCCAUUCGGGACAAGAUCAUGGACUGUCACCGCCAGCAUGUUGGACAGACUCCGGCAGAAUCCGACUACCAGCUGCUAGAAAUCGGCCGGCGGUUGGAGAUGUACGGCGUUCGCUUACAUCCAGCCAAGGACCGCGAGGGCACCAAGCUCAGUCUGUCUGUGGCACACACAGGGGUGCUAGUUUUCCAGGGCUACACAAAAAUUAACGCCUUCAACUGGUCCAAAAUUCGCAAACUUAGCUUCAAACGCAAAAGGUUCCUAAUCAAGCUGAGAGCAGAUCCCAGUCAAAAUGCCCACCAUGACACACUGGAGUUUGCCAUGGGCAGCAGGGAUUGCUGUAAGAUUUUCUGGAAGAUCUGUGUAGAGUAUCACGCCUUCUUCAGACUGUUUGAGGAGCCUAAGCCUAAACCCAAACCCAUCCUCUUUACCAGGGGCUCCUCCUUCCGUUUUAGUGGUCGAACCCAGAAACAGAUCAUCGAUUAUGUGAAAGACUCCGAGUUCAAGAAGGUUCCAUUUGAAAGGAAGCACAGUAAGAUUCUGUCCAAUAGCAGCAUGUCCCCUCAGUCGUCUUCUUUCCGGUCACAAGUGCCAAAACAGAGUGCCAUGUCUAUCCCGCUAGCAGGAGACCAGCUGGACUCAGCCAGACUGGGCCACCAAGCUGAAACAAAUGGUUCUGAGGAGCCCCUGACAUCCCAAUCCAACACCAACGGCUUCCAUGAUGUGCUAGCGGCGCCAGGCACGGAUCUGACUCAGCCCAGACAGAACCAUCAUGGCACCGGAUCAGCGCCGGACCAGCACCUCCUCAACCCAGGCAGUCCAGGUUCAGAGGACUCUCCAAUGGGAAGCCCCCAUGUGGUAGUAAACGGCAAUGGUUCGGUGAAUGGACAGGGGACGGGCAGUACCGUUGUGUUGGGUCUGGGUCAGAGCCCUGAAGGACGGCAGUUAUCGCCGCUCACCAGCCCACUGCUCACUGACGCUGGUUAUGUCCGCAACGAAGAUGAGGACGAGGCGAGGCGAAAGAAGUUUCCCACAGACAAGGCCUACUUCAUAGCAAAAGAACUGUUGACCACAGAGCGAACCUACCUCAAAGACCUUCAAGUCAUCACAGAGUCCUUCCAGAGUGCAGUGGGGAAAGAUGAGGCCUUCCCAAACUCUGUCCAGAAUCUGAUCUCAGCCAACUAUGAUCCGAUCUAUACUUUCCAUGAGGGUUUCCUCAAAGAGGUGGAGCAGAGGCUCGCGCAGUGGGAGGGACGUUCUAAUGCUCACAUUAAAGGAGACUAUCAGAGAAUUGGUGAUGUUCUCCUGAAGAACAUUCAGGGCCUGAGGCAACUGACAGUUCAUCUCCAGAAGCAUUCUGAAUGCCUGGUGGAGUUGGAGCGGGUGUGUAGGUCUGCUCGGAAGGUGGAGGCUCUGUGUCGGGACUUUGAGCAACAGAGGGUAUGCUACCUGCCCUUCAAUGUUUUCCUCCUGAGGCCCCUCCACCGCCUGCUGCACUACAAACUCAUCCUAGAGAGGCUCUGCAAGCACUACCCACCCACCCACGACGACUUCAGGGACAGCAGAGCCGCUCUAGCUGACAUCUCAGAGAUGGUGCUUCAGCUUCAAGGCACCAUGAUGAAGAUGGAGAACUUCCAGAAGCUUCUAGAGCUGAAGAAAGAUCUAACUGGUAUUGACAACCUCGCCAUCCCUGGGAGGGAGUUCAUUCGGCUUGGUUGCCUCAGCAAGCUCUCAGGGAAGGGACUUCAGCAGAGAAUGUUCUUCCUGUUUAGUGAUGCUUUGGUGUACACCAGUCGAGGGAUGACACCAGCCAAUCAGUUCAAGGUUCAUGGCCAGCUACCCCUCUUUGGAAUGACGAUCAGAGAAAGCGAGGAGGAGUGGGGAGUCCCUCAUUCUUUUACCUUGUUUGGGCAGCGGCAGUCUAUAGUGGUGGCAGCCAGCUGUACGUCAGAGAUGGAGCGGUGGGUGGAGGAUAUCAGGAUGGCCAUAGACCUGGCAGAGCAGAGCAGCAGCCCACACACUGACCUGCUCUCCACCAGCCCCAUCGACAACAAGCUGACAGAGGAUGGUGGAGCUGAGCAGGAGUCAGAGGAGGAACUCGGGGGUUCACGCUCAUCUCUUGAGCGCCAAGGUCACCGUGGUAACACCACCGUGCACGUCUGCUGGCAUCGCAACACCAGUGUGUCCAUGGUGGACUUUAGUGUUGCUGUGGAGAACCAGCUGUCAGGGAACCUGUUGAGGAAGUUUAAGAACAGCAACGGGUGGCAGAAGCUCUGGGUUGUCUUCACUAACUUCAGCCUCUUCUUCUACAAGUCCCACCAGGAUGAUUACCCUUUGGCCAGUCUUCCUCUGCUGGGCUACUCUGUCACUGUCCCAUCAGAGUCAGAAAACAUCCACAAAGACUAUGUCUUCAAACUCCACUUUAAGUCCCACGUCUACUACUUCAGAUCAGAGAGCGAGUACACAUUUGAAAGGUGGAUGGAGGUGAUCCGCAGUGCCACCUGCUCUGCCAGCCGUUCCCUGCCAAACACCAGAAAAGACCUUUACUGAUGAAGCCCCCGCCCCCCUCCCUCGCUGCACCCUCUUCUUUAUUCUGCACAGAGACACUCUUGCCUGGGUGAAUAUCUGGACUCCAAAAUGCACAAAUGCCAGAAAGAGACCCUUGGAUGUGGUCACACUACCACACAGCAGGCACUAAAAUUGACACUCUUAAUAAUACCUCUGAAUUGCUUCACACAUACUCGCACACCACUCAAGAGAUCUUCCCACUUCACUUCAGUCACCUCUACUUCCUGUCUGCACCCUUUUAUUACACACAGUGCAUAACGCCAAUUUCUUCACCACUAGUGUCUGAUUAAAGGCAAACUGACAGUAUCUUUGUAAUUUUAGUUGUUUUUUAUGCUGAACUGGUUAUAUUUGACUCUCUGUUUCUACGACUGAAUGAUGUUCACAUGCACAAACACAUGAAUUUAUCGUUCAGGUUAUGCCAACAACAUAUCCAUUUUGCAAUAUUGUGACAUGAAAUACAUGAGAUUUAUCUUAAGUGUUCGGUACACUGUAGCAUGACUUUGUAAUGUGCAUUGUGUCAUAUUACCAUUUGGACAUGUAAGUGUUAUUUCCAUGGUGAUAUUUGUACAAAACCUGCUUUAUAUGUAUGUCGGGUGCAUGUGAACGCACUUGUGGUGAUGGAGAGUAUUUUUUGUAUGACAAUCUAUAUAUGAAUUGGUGAAUACUUGUGAUCCCAGUUUGGACUUUAUUAAACAAAACAGCCAUCGUUUUCUCAAGGUAACUGUUUGUACAGUACUUUGAUACACUGUGAAAUGUUAUUGUCUCCAUCUGUUUAUUUUUAUUUUUUUCCCUCUAUGUGUGCUUGAAUGAAAAGGACAAAGUCAUUUCAUAACUCAGCCUACAGAGAUUUUAUUGGUUCACUGCCAAAAUGUCUUCACUUCUGUAUCCUUCCACUUUUUCUGGAUUUUAUAAUUUUAAAUAAAGUUCUAAAAAAGA